AUGGGCUCUCCAUUUAUCCGGACGAAGGACCCUGUCCUCCCUCAGAAGUUGGGGCGGUUUACGCAGUCUUGGAAACGAUACUCCAGCAUGAUACGAGUCGUCUCGUCCACGUUACUGAGACAACCUCCGCAAGUAGCGGAUGUCCAACACACAGUUUGGCUGCUGGAUAAUACUGCAUAUCGGUAUCCAGCCUCACAUGUGUCUGGUGAGCCUCAUUCAUGGCGAGUGGAGGUUGUGGCCUGCGUAUUCCGUAAGAACAGCCGACGAGACAUUAGCAAAUUUGUGGCAGCGAUCGCAGAUCUUAUUGGACUCGACGGAGAAUUAGGCACAGAAAAGGAAAUACGCCACCGGAUUGCGCGACGCCUACAACCUUUCCUAUAUCAGGUCGUUGCGGACCACUCGAUGAUGCUCGAAUUCCCUCUACCCAACCAUCCAACUCAAAUCCAUGAAAUUGGCCCCACAAGAGAGAAUGGUAUUGUCUCGCAGGUCCUCAAUACGGGUGUUCGUCACAUUGAAGAUGGACUGCGCAUUUGGUCCCGAGUCCGAGGUGUGAGAGAUAGGGCAACGAUGGAAACAACCUUUGCGGGACCCGAAGGCUGGCUGGUUGUAUCCGAUGUUGACGACACUAUCAAGUACACCCAGACUUCAAAUGCCACCGGAAUAAUCCGCACAACGUUCGCCGAGGAGCCGAGACCCAUCCCCGGCAUGCCUCAGCUGUAUUCUCGUAUCGAACGACGGUUUGAGCCUACAUGGUUCUACCUUUCUGCAUCACCAUACAACCUGUAUCCUUUCCUUCGAGGGUUCCUCCGCGAUCAUUUCACCCCAGGGACCCUCAUUCUUCGAGAUUCCUCAUGGUUGGACAUGAGCGAAUUGGUCAAAUCCUUCACAGUCAACACGAUGGAAUACAAGGUAGACCGCAUAAGGAAGAUCCGGAAAUGGUUUCCGCAUCGGCGAGCACUUUGCAUCGGAGACUCCACACAGACGGACCCCGAAGCCUACGCGGAGAUUUACAGAAGACAUCCCGAGUGGAUCCACGCAAUACUCAUUAGAAAAGUCACGGAUGUACCUCAAAUGGAAGAAAAAAACUCGUCCAAGAGAUUCGCCGAGGCUUUCAAGGAUGUUCCGAAAAAUAUUUGGCAUGUAUUCGAGCACCCGAGGGAAGUCUACAAUGUGCUCGAUGAGAUCAGAGCAAGAGACAACGCAAGCUUUUCCCCUUGA